UCCUGCUCUCACUCUCAGAGCUCACCCUGCUUCCUUACACGCCUCACCCUGGGGUGAGUUGGAUUUGGUGACUCGACAAAUUACAGCGUCAAGGUUCUUUACUCAAAAGGGGGGCUGGCAUUGAUCUGAGCAGUACACUCCGGGAUUGUUUGACUAAUCAGCCGGGAAGUCCCUCAAAGUCAUUUCAGCUUUGGUCGGACUCGGGUCACGCAGCGGGGAUGACCCGGCAGGCUGCUUUUCGUAUUUGACGUCAAAAACUCAGGGAUAAAUCGAAACCAGGAGUAUCGGAGCCUUUACAUAGAUGGAAAAGUUGUGGCUCUGGUUGUGGCCACAAACCCGGAACAACAUGGACAAGACAUCCAGCGUGGGCGGCGACGUGAGCGCUGCUGUCCCCGGGAGAAGUGACAGCGGCUCGGACAUGGACAGGUGCGCCGUGUGCCUGGACGCCAUCCAGGACAGGAAAACUUUGAAGUGCCUUCACUCGUUUUGCGCUGGAUGUAUCGAGUCGGUCUUCAAGGUUAAACCUGCCUGCCCGAUUUGCAACACUUACCACGGUGUGUACAUCGGGACCCAGCCGGAGGGCACGAUGACCGUGAGCCGCAGCUGGAAGGGCUUACCCGGCUUUGAGAAACACGGAGUGAUCAUCAUCGAGUACCACUUUCCUUCAGGGAUUCAAGGGCCCGAGCACCCAAAUCCUGGGGUGAAGUAUGCCGGCACGCGUCGCACGGCCUUCCUGCCCGCCUGCGAGGAGGGAGAGAAGGUCCUGAGGCUGCUGAGGAAGGCCUUCGAGAGGAGACUCAUCUUCACCGUCGGGCGAUCCGCCACCACAGGCCUCAACAACGCCAUCACCUGGAACGACAUCCACCACAAGACCAACAUGGGAGGCGGCCCGCAAUAUUUUGGGUAUCCAGAUCCAGCAUACUUGUUCAGGGUACAAGAGGAGCUCCGUCUGAAAGGUGUGACCGAGGACGACUGACUGGUUCAAGCUCUUCAUUCAGGAAACAACAACAACUUUAAGUUAAACAGCUUUAAUAUUUGAACGUAUUGCAGCAAAGUGCCUAAGUUUGAAAUUGCACUUGUUGAACUCAUGCAGAAGGGAUCCUCCUCAGUGAAUUUUUUUUUUUUAAUAGACAGAUCUUAAAUUUAAAUUGGGCACAUACAAGCGAAACUUCCAACAUACUAUGCAUGUAAAGAAUGUAAACAUAUAUGCAACAAGACAAAUCAAUGCAAGUAUUACAGUACAAUAGGUGAGUAUGAGUACAACUGGCCGUAAGUCAGUGAUUUUUAAAAAAAAAAUAUUUCAGAUUCUUUCUUUUCUUUGUAUUACAGUGUACCUCAGUCAUGCUUGCUGAUCAGAUAACAUGUCAGUCGUGUAAAUAUUAUUCUGUUAUAACUCUAAAUGCACUUCCUUGUUUACACUCCUCAGCCCAACAAAGAGGCAACUUGACAAUUUCUGACCAAAAAUCUGUGACUUGAAAACGAUUAGCUUAGCCAGUAAACUGUAAAUCUAUAUUUCAUAACUUGACAAUCGACUUGUCACUGUUUAUAUUUGGAGCUUAAAGAAAGAAAAUAGAAGCUCAAACCCUUUCCUCUACUUUUCAGUGGCUCAUGCUCGUUCAGUAUUAGAAAUUUCAUUUCUGCACUGUUGAUGUAGAUAAAUUAAUUUGUUAACACAGCAUAUAUUCCAUACAUGUUUAAUAAUGUUAACUGCUCACUUGUAAAAUGUAUAUAGUUAAAUAGAGUAAAAAAAUUAAGAGUAUAGUGUUUUCAUUCAGUGGUUGUAUGAACAAGAUCACACAUACAGCUGUAUGUGUGAACCUUAGUGGUGUUUUCCAUAUCUCAAUGCUGUGGUGAUGGUGGGAACUUAUAUACAUAUGUAUAAAUAUGAUUAAAAUAAUAAGUUAUAAGGUCAUCAAAUAACACCACAUACUCAGCGCUCUGUGUGGCCCCCAUAUAGUCAAUGCUGGACAAGAUGCACAUAUGGUUUUUUAAAUCGAUAUGGUAAUAAGCAUCAACCGCUAUAAAAGACAGUUUUCAUCAGCACAGUUAUGCAUCCACUUAACAUCUUAGGCUAAACGACAGAUUAUUUUGUCCUCUCAAUCCUGCCAUUUUCCUGUUCAGUCCACUAGAGGGCGAUGCUCUCCUCAGACGAGCCGGUGUGAUGGCGUCUGCUUGGUAUGCAGCUGUAUCACCGACACAGACCCACACUCCCAAAGCACCUCCCAAGCCUCAGAGCCCAAAGUCAGUGAGAGGAGCAGAGCAUGAGUCAUGUGUUUCUAUGGGGCUCGGGGCAGCUUUAGCUCUGGCACGAAUGACACACUGACGAGCUAUCACCUUUUUUUUUUUUUGUACGAUAAUGAAUUGACAUCUCUUGAUUUUCCGUGGGCAGCAGAAUCACUUAGUGAAAGAUGAGCAGUGUUACUCAUCACAGACAGACACAUAAAGGUCAUUAAAGACAAAUAUUUACAAGGCUCAUCUGUUCUUUUUUUAGCGAAGUCACUUGUGCACCAUAUGCCUAUACCUACAUGCUAAAUGUGUAACAAGUGUCCCAGUCAAGGCUCGCACAGAUAGACCAUGAAAUCCUGCAACUAAAGAUGAUACAAUAACCAAAUAGUGAAUAGUAUCACCUGUAUCCUUUCAGGUCUCUUCUUAUUUCACGCCAGGCAACAUAUGCUCACUUUUCACUGUCCGCUGAGCUCAGUGAACCUGGCCAGCACCCAGUCACCAGGUCACAACUGAAUAUGAAUGAUUUCCGACUGAUCUGCGCUUCUUGGUGGUGAUUGCAUGGAAUUACGGAGUUAUCAAAUGCCUUUUAACCUAUAUCUCGCUCACAUGACUGUAAGACCCAAGGGGAUGAAUGUGUGUGUGUGAAGGACAGACUCACAGGGCCUGGCCUCUUUAGCGUUGUGGUGUGCACAGGCUGGGGGCAUUUCUGUGGCCUAGGAUCUCAGGGCAUCUGCUGCUGUCACAGAACAGGACAGGACCCAUCUGGUUAACCCACUCCCCCACCUCUCUCCAUCUCCUCUAGCCUUUCUUUUCUUUAUUCAUCAGUUCAUCCAUCCCUCAGUCCCUUCCUCACCCCCACAUCUAUUUCUCCUCUGUUUUUUUUUUUUUGCCAUCUGAAUAGUCCUCUUCUGUCUGCUGUGUUGUGUAAAUUGAGAAAAAUGUGGAAUACAUACAGUGAUUCUAUAUCUAAAUACCUUUUUGCACAGUGGUGUACAAAUGUAUAUGAUUUUAUUUGUAUGUAUUUUCCAAUAAACAAAAAACUAUUUGCAAUGAUGGACUGGAAAGCGGCCUUUCUAAAAAAAUUCAGUAGAGUGCGAUUACAAAUGAAGACAAAUGGAGCGCUGACGAUACAGAGCAUACAGAAAAGUACCACUGGAUUGCAGAAAUAUGCCCACUUCGAAUUCAGUUUAGUGGAAGUAAGCUACAUUUGAACAUGAAACAUUCCAUGUGAAAGGCUGAAAUGAAUUUCCAUAAUACCUCCUUCCAUCUGACCCCCUUUCCCUCAGGCAUUAUU